AGGUGACGGAACGAGCACAGACUGGGAUCGAUGGCUGCUUGUUGCCCCUCUCUGUCAUGGCAGGCGCCCAGCAUGGAAUGUUUCAUGUAUCCAGAACCCUAUGCCUCCAAUCUGGACGCUACCAUGAUCAUCGCGCUUCGCAAGGAGAAAUCUCGAGAUGCAGCCCGUUCCCGGCGAGGCAAGGAAAACUAUGAGUAUUAUGAGUUGGCCAAGAUGUUGCCGUUACCAGCGGCCAUCACCAGCCAGCUUGACAAGGCUUCCAUCAUUCGGCUGACCAUGAGCUAUCUUAAGAUAAGAGACUUUGCCAUGCAAGGAGAUCCACCAUGGCAUACCUACCUGGAGAGUCACGGUGUCGGAAGAAGUAUCGCCUCCGUCUUACAAGGUCGAUAUUCUCACCAACAUUCCGGAGUAUCUGCAAUAGCUCAGGAGGUUUAUGAGCACAAUCUAGGUGGACAUAUUCUUCAGGCACUUGAUGGUUUUCUCUUUGGGUUGAGCAAUGACGGAAGAUUCUUGUACAUCUCGGAGACUGUCUCCAUAUACCUGGGUCUCUCACAGGUUGAGUUGACAGGGAGUAGUUUCUUUGACUAUGUCCACGCUGGUGACCACGCCGAGGUGGCGGAACAACUGGGUAUGAAGUUACCCCCAUCCCGGACUAUAUCCCAGACAUCGGUGGGUACCGGUAGCAGUGAUGGUUGCCAGUCAUCACCCGUGUCGUCGCCCACCUCUCCAACGCAUAGUGAUUCGGCCCUGUCACUGAACAUGUCUUCACCCGACUCCAACUACCAUCGAAGCUUCGUCAUCAGAAUGAAAUCCACCCUGACCAAGAGAGGUGUUCACAUUAAAUCAUCUGGCUAUAAGGUGAUCCACAUUACCGGUGCAUUACGUCCUCGUAUAGUCUUGACUCAGUAUUCCCGCCACUCCCCAGUCAUCAUGGGCUUCACUGCCGUGGCUCAGUCCUUACCACCUCCCACCAUCAAUGAGAUCCACCUAGAGCCAACCAUGUUUGUAUGCAAGCUGGAUCUAGACUUCACAAUCGUCUUCUGUGAAGCUAAGAUUCAAGAGUUCAUUGACCUAUCAGCUGAAGAUGUAACUGACAGGAAUUUCUACUCAUUUCUUCAUGCUCAGGACAUCGCUAAUAUGAGAGUCUGUCACAAUGAUUUGCUAAACAAAGGUCAGAUGAUAACGAGAUAUUACCGCUGGAUGUGCAAGUCCGGGGGCUACAUCUGGAUCCAGUCCACAGCCACCCUGGCGUAUGCAAGGACCUCAAAUGAUCGAUCCUUUAUGUUUAUCAACCAGGUCAUCAGUCAUGCUGAGGCUAUGGACACCGUCAUGGACAUUAGUCAAAUGAAUUCCCUUCCUCCAGAUCCCAUCAAAUCAGAGGCAUCUGAAGGGUCAGGCCAUGAGUCAGAUACAGAAAACACUAGCACAGAUGACAGCAAGGGCAAAACAUCCAAGAUGGAGAAGACACCAAAGUAUCCAAAGAAGACUGGCCAUCAAGAAAUCACAGCAAGUCGAGGCAAAUCUCUGUCACGCUUCAGGAAACGGAAGGCCCACGGUGACCAGAGGGACUCCAAGAAACACAAACAAAGCAGUCAAGACAUUACGGACAAACCCUCUAUCGUCGCUGCCGAUCCCUCGGAACUGAAAUCAGUCAUUGUGGAGGGGUCAGGAUUGAAACGUCAAGAGGGUAAUAAAUGUCCGCCCCACAGCAAUGCUAGAAAACCAAAGAAGGUGAUGGAAGAUCAGCACCUGCGGCAGUCACUGGAGGACAAUGCGGUUGUGAGCCCAGUGACUGUUGCCAGCAGUGAUGCUGGCUGCCAAGGCUGUGAGACAAUUGAGAGUGAGCCCUCGCCAGGCUACAUUUCUCCACUUGAUCAGUCUGUGAAUAGCAAUGGAAGAGACUCAGACUCGUACAGCAAUGGGAGUCAAGGUACUGGGAGCCGGGCUAAUGAAGGAUGGGAUAACCCACCCAACAGGGAGGUGCCCAGAGAACCUGAGGUGUCAAGGAGCUAUACAGAAGUAGGAGUGAGUAGUAGGCAAGUAGGAACAGAGGACAGGAUUGUUAUCCCUAAAGGGUCAUACUGUAAGGGGGGCUCCGGGUGUAGUCCCAAGCCCCCUGAUUCCCUUCUGACCCCACCCCUAUCAGAUACUUGCCAGUCCCAAUUUGUGCUUCCACCAGUCAGCUCGUUGAGCGACACCAAGCCCAAACACUACACUACGGAUUCCAUACCCACGAUGCUGACUAGUAAUAACAACAACCCGCUACCUGUCAACAAGGGCUUCCAUCAACCAGCGGUCAGUCCCGAAGUGGAACUCGUCAGCCAUCAUCCUGGUCCGACAAUCCUCAGCAAAUCACACCCUGCCAAUAACACUGAAAUAGACUGCCCAGCCUCCACGAAGACUGAACACUUGUACAAUACCCAUCCCAGGGUUAUAACAGCUGUGUCAACAGCAUAUGCAGGAAUGCCUUACGCUAACUAUGGGCAGUACUCUAACUUCCAACAAUACGCAAACCCCGUGAAUCUAGCAGCUCAUGGAUACCAAAGCAGUCCCUACAGCGACCCCUACAAGAACUUCCGCAGUGCCCAUGACAUGCCCAUGGACCUCUCGUACAAUAACAUGGGAAGUUAUGCCAACAUGUCCCUGCUGCAUACCAAUGUGACAUCGGGAGGAGCCCCACAUCCAUACUACCAUGCUGCCAAGAUGGGAUACCCUACUGCCCCCGAUUCGGGAUUACAAGUUAUCCAUGAUAGAGGAUGCCUGGAUGAUGCAACUAAGGGUACCAACACAAAAGUUUGAUGUUAGAUCAAGCCUAAAAAACCUAAGAGGAUUUCUUUCUGGUUCUCUUCCUUUUGUUUUAUACUGACCAAAAGCAAAAUAUUGCCUUGUGAGAAAGUAGAGGAUUUCUCAUACUCUCAUGACAUAUGAUUGACCAAUAUAAGCGAUGGCAUCACACCUUUGGAGGGGGGGGGGGGGGCAUAGUUUAAAUGUUAAGGGGCAAACAUUGAUCUUUAAUGUUAUUUUGUACUGCCAAAAUAGCAUUGACCUACCACAACACCAGCAUUAUUCUUGAGCGGGGGUAAGGUGAACAUAAUUUGAUUAAUGUGGGUGCAAUGAUUUGGGGUUGAACUCAAUAUCGGCCAUCAGGGAAAAUAUUGUAGUGGGUGUAUGGGAUGAAAAAGAGGGGGUAACUGGGGGUAUCUCCCAGCACCUGCGCUGAUCAAAGCAAUUUUUAUUUUUAAUGGCAAUGCAUGGGCUUAAUAUAAACUCUAAAAGUGCAACAUUUAUGUAGCCAUAUAUUGGUUGAAUGGACCAGUUAAGGGGGCUUCAGAGGAGCUACAUAGAGACCAAAGCGGCCAAGUGGCAUAUACAAAUCUCUGCAACAGCCGCAAUUUGAUCUACUUCCAUUCACAUAAAUGUAAAGGUCUUGUUCGGAUAUGAAAUUUUCCAGUUAACAUGGUAUCCCAAUCUCUAAACACAAGACCAAAUUUUCUGUUUCAUGUUAUUUUCGGUGAACAACUUAACUGUUUAAAGAAAUUACUUGGCGGUGUCUGGCCACUUUGUGGUAAUUAUAAGGAGAUCAUUAAAAUACAUUGACUUUGGCCAGCUUGGAAAUGUUCAUGCUCAAAGAAAAAUAUCAGGGAUGCUUUCACAUCGUAGUUUCAAUACCCGAAACUUCAUGUUACAGAAAGCAAUUUAAAAUGAAAGUUUGUAUUUUAUCUGAAUGACAAAAAUAGAAACUGUCAAUUUUUGUUUACAAUAUUUGGGGAUAGAGUGACUGGAAGGAUAUCGAAACAGUGGUUUUCAGACGUGGAUUGCUUGAUGAGCAGAAGCUACUCUUGCCUGCCACAUGCUUUGCCAGAUUAGCACAAACUCUUUUAACUAUUAUCUUAAAGAUUAAAAUGAAUCUUGAUUUUGUGUAUAAAACAUUAUUUUGAAGUUUUUAGUUUAUAUUAAUUUUAUCAAAGCUUGAAAGGUUUCUAAAAAGGGGGGAAAUGCCCUUACACAGUACUUUAAGGAAAAUUAAACUGAAAAUAUUAUUUUCAUCAAAUGGGAUGUUUUUGCAAAUGAGCAGUGGAUUACCUUGAUGAGUUUCUCUGUUGAUGUAUUCAAUCUUUGUCAAAUGGUCUUUAACUCAAGGUAUGUAGAUGUGAUAUAGAGGAAACUAGGAAGGUCCGUAUAGAUUUGUAUAAGUUCAUGGUGAUUUAAACUAGGAGCCAUUAAAGUAUCACAAUGUGUUGCUUCCAACUCUGCUUAAUGGAGCUUAGUGCCAAAAAUACUACUUUAAAAUAUCACUAUAAUUUGAAAACUUUGUUCAACAAAAGUCUGCAAUAGUGCCUCUGGCUUUAACUAUCAUUUUGAAUCACUGCAGAUUGAGUGUGGCUACAAAUCACUGCAAUUUCAUAACGUUGUAUUUUGUUUUUGCUCUAUCUCAAGCACCAACUAUAGAGUGCUUCAAGCUCUGGUAAAGGGAUAUAAUGUCUUCUUUAGUUAACUGCUAAAUUAAAGGAAAUUGUCAUAUUGUUUUGUUCAAAACAAAAUCACCCGACAUGCAUGUCUGACUGCUCCAUUACCUCUUAGUAUUAAGGAAAAAAGGUAUGUUUGGAUUAUUUCAAACCCAAAAGUGCCCUUGAUUUAACUGUUAUUAUAUCGGGCACACUUAAACUUGACAUUGAUAUUGAACCAGCACAUGUUUGUUUAUCUGUCUGUUUGUCUGCCUGUCUGUCUGUUUGUCUGAAUGGUUUAUAACAGCUUAAGUCAUUUGCAGUGAAGUCUAAUUGUAGCAAAAAUUGACCAAUGCCUUUAUAGAAAAGAACAUGUUCAUGCCUUGAAAGUGUUGUGUGUUUUAUGGACCAGUUAUUCUAAAUGCAGCUGUUUUUCUUUUUAUGCAUUGCAACGAAUUCCAUUAUUGUCUAUUUUAGUUUUUUUUGUUUUUUUUUAAAUGUUUUAUGCCACUUUUUAGAAGAUUUUUAAAGAUGGGAAUAAACCCUGAUAAAAUAAGUGCAAUAUUUCUGUGACCCCCAAAUCUUGAGAAAUGAGUUCUAAUGACAAUUUCAGGAAGUACUUUUGUAUCAAUUAAUCUUGAUUAACAAAUGAAUGACCACAUAAAACAGAAAAGCCUUUUGCAAAUCCAACACAUGAAUUUGUAUAUACACAAAUAUUAUAUGAACACUUUUGAAAAGUAGGGAGAACUGACAGAAACAAAUUUAUAUAUAAAAAUUAACCAACAAUUAUUAUAAUCUAAAAACAAAACAAAAUUAAUUAUUUGUUGACAUUCCUCUUCUGGUUUAAAAAACUGUUCCUCCCUGAUGUUUCAGAACUCUUUUAAAACCAAUUAAAGGCACUGGACACUAUUGGUAAUUACUCAAAAUAAUUGUUAGCAUAAAAACUUACUUGGUAAUGUUAAUA